UACUUUGUCCAUUCUAGCCCUAAACAAUUUGGAACCAUGAAGUGGGUAAUAUUCAUUUCUGUCCUCUGCUUGGUAAGCUUUGCUGAAUUGAAAAACCUGCCCAGAAGAUAUUGGCAUGUUGAUGAUCAUAUUAAGACCAUCAAAGUUGCCACUAUAAUAUCAUCUGAGGAGUUUGCAGGCGCUCUCAUAGCCUUGUACGCUCAAAAUGUACAGCAAGCCACACUUGAGGAGGUGUUAAAACUGGCAAAAAUGAUUAUAGCACUUCACCAGAAAUGUGCUGCUGAUAAACAUUCAGACCCAGAAUGUACAAAGCCUUUGGGUACAAUUUUCCUGGAUACUCUAUGUCGUGAUGUAGAGUUUUCAGUUAAAUAUGACUUUCAUGACUGCUGUUCUACGGCUGAUCCAGAAAGAAAUGAAUGUAUUUUGUCCCAUAAAAAAAUGUCUGAAGGAUUUAUUCCUCCCUUUGUUCAUCUAACUAUACCGGAGGUUUGCAAAGCACAUCACAAUAACAGACAUGACGUUCUAACCCAAUAUCUUUAUGAGGUGGCCAGAAGAUAUCCUAAAGCGUUAAUUGCCUUACUCUCUCAUACAAUUAAAACCUAUGAUAAAGUAUUUCCAACUUGUUGUGAAGCAGAUAAUAAUGAUGCCUGUUUCUGGGAAAAGGCAACAGAAGUCACAAGGAAAUUUAAGGAAAAAAUUCAUGAGCAGGAGGACAUUUGUUUCAUUCUGAACAACUAUGGAAAGGACACUUUAUAUCCAUUGAAAUUUGUUGAGACAAUCGAUAAGUUCUCCCAUGCUGAUCAGGCAACUGUAGCCCAUAUUGCUAAAAAUAUUCUACACAUCCAUGAAGCAACUUGUAAGGGGGAUACCCUGGAGUCUUUACUCGACAGAGACCAAUCCUUUCUCUUUAACUUAACAAGAAGCCACCCUGAGCUUUCUAAACUGCUUGAUAUGGAAAUUUUCCUAAGAUAUAAAGACUUGUUGGGCCAGUGCUGCAAACUGGAAGAUCAUGCACAGUGUUUGCAUACAGGGGAAGAACAACUUGAAUUGCUCAUUGCCAAGAUUGAGGAAGUUGUGAAGAAAAAUUGUGAACAGUAUAAAAAAAUAGGAGGGUAUUUCUUCCAGAACGAACUCUUGGUCAAGUAUACCAAGAUUAUGCCCCAGCUGCCAUCUUUAAAACUGAUUUUGUUCACAAAGGAAUUGGCACAUGCUGCUGAGAAAUGUUGCAGUUUGGAUAGUCAUCACCAAUUGUCAUGUGCUUUAGAAGAUAUGGAUAAAGUGAUAGGAUCUAUAUGCCAGUAUCAUAAAGAGCAUCACAUAAACAAACAGGUUUGCCAAUGCUGUGAUUACUUUUCCAUCAGACGUUGGGAAUGUAUCACUAACUUAGGAGCAGAUCCAGACUAUGUCCCUCCUGCUACAUUCAAAUCUCACGUAAUGGAUGACCCUGAUGGUUUGUGCUCAACUGACGAACACAUUGUGCAGAAAAAUAAGCAAGGCUUGCUUAUUGACUUGAUCGAAUUUUUGCCUCACAUCACAGACAAUCAGUUAGCAAAUGCAACCAUCGGUUUCCAUCUCCUCCAGGCAGAGUGCUGUGCAGAUGAACACAAAAGGGAAUGCUUCGACUCAAAGGGUGAGCCACUGAUUAAGAGGAUCCAAGAUAGUCUUAAAGAUGUAUAAUUAUCUCAG